UUAAGAGAAAACAACCAUCUCUGGAUGAAACAAGUCACAUGGGCCAUUAUCCUCCAGAAUCAGAUGAAGGUCGAGACAGUCUGAUGGUUAUUUCUCCAUGCCGGUUGAAGAUGAUUGAUGAAUUUAUGACAGCUAACCGAUUUAGCCUCCUACGCAGCCCCCCAUACACGGGCAAGACCACACUUGGUGUGGUGUUGCGAGACUAUUUCCUUGCUCUAAAUCAUAAAGCUGUAUACAUUUCCUUGGCUGGCAUGGCUGGAAAAGAAACUCGCUUCAACGAAAAUUUGUUUCAGCAUUAUUGGAAGGAGAGGGUGGGCCAUACCUGGGACGAGAUUAUUCGAUGGACAGAACCUACCGAAAUCAUCAUUGACGAGGCACAAAUUAUCUACGGCGAUUGCGCACCAUUCUUUUGGGGUGAUUUGAAAGAACUUAUGUCAACCCCCUGGGAAAAUAUCACCCUCCGAGUGUUGCUGCUGGCCACAUAUGAUCCAGCACUCAAUUCUCAACCGAGUCCGGUACAUUUCACGAACACUCUCGGACUGGACGCUCUUCGUAUUACAUCAGAUGAGUUCGAACGGCUGGUAGCCACAUUUGUCGAACGACGACGCGCUCUAGGUAACGAAGCCUUUGGAAUUCCAACACCGGUUAAAAAAGCAAUAUUCAACCUUGCCAAUGGUCAUGCUGAUCUAUGUCGAUUUGCGCUGACAUCCAUGCACCAUAUGUUUCGUGAUAAUGAUAGUGACUCUGCGGUAAACAUGCUACGAUAUUUAGCCUCAUCACACUUCCGAACAGCAUUGCAAUGCACACGUGCUUUUGUUUGGACCCAAAAUUGGAGUCCGACAGUUCAGGAAUCCGAGUUUCUUAGCAAAAUCUUCCUUUCAUGUGAUUCCGAAUCGUUCUGUAAUGUCGGUGUAGACUCAAAUCCGGUUGCCAAGUCCUUUUUUAAAUUGGGCCUUCUUACUACUAUCAACCAUCGAUCACUGUUUACCGCUCCAAUCAUGCGGAUCGUUUUGGGUCAUUGCCUAUUUACUGUAUCUGGUGGCUCAAAAUCAUCGCCUGCAAUAACAUUUGACGAAUUUGUGAUGAGAACAAUUGAACGUAUGAAACCAUCCAUUCUAAGCAAAUCACUUGGCCGAGGAACUGACCAAGAAUCUUACCUCCUAGAGAGAACUUGGCAAAUGGAAUGGUAUCGCGCGGCUACAAGCGCCGUUCCUGUGAAUGCGACAGUUAGUCCAGAUGUUGGGGGCGUUUUUGGCUCAGUAGGAUUCUUGGACUUCUAUGUCGAUGGAGAUCUCUGCUGGGGAGUUGAGCUACUGCGGGAGGGUGAUCGAAUGAAAGAGCAUAGAAAGCGAUUUGCACAAGAUGGCGAAUACAAAAACAUUCCACUGAAGGAAUGGGUCAUUAUUGAUUUCCGACAUCAAUCCAAACCUAUUACGUCCUAA